CAAACCCAUUUCCUGAUUGGCUGACUGAAAGCGUCGUGGUCUCGCGGGGCACACGCGCAGCAGAGCAGAGUUGUCUCUGACUCUCUGCCGGAGCUGUCCGGCUUACGUUUAAUAAUCUCCCUUCAGUCAUUUGGCUUUUCCCCACCUUGCUUUGCAAAAAUGGAGUUAUUUUCUCGCUAUCUGGAUAGAAGCAAUUCGGUCAGCUCUGUCAUAACUCACGACAUUAUGAAAGAGGAGAACCUCAGAGAUGACCUGAGGUAUUAUUUCAUGAGCCCCUGUGAGAAGUACAGAGCCCGAAGACACAUUCCCUGGAAAAUGGGAGUCCAGAUCCUGAAAAUCAUCAUGGUCACCACACAACUCGUCCUGUUCGGCCUCAACAACCAGCUGGUGGUUUCCUAUAAGGAAGAGAACACCAUGGCGCUCAAACACCUUUUCUUAAAAGGCUACAGCGGGGUCGAUGAGGACGACUACAGCGUUGCCGUCUACACAAAGCACGACGUCUAUGAAAGUCUGUUUUAUGUCAUGGAUCAGUACAGUCAGCUGGGCCAGCUCUCCGUGGGCCCGAUCAGUUACGCAGAGGAUGAAAAUGGCAAGUUGCUGCCCCUCACCAUAUGUAAAGAGUACUAUAGGAGGGGCAGCGUGGAGCCUUCAGAUGAGAUCUAUGACAUCGAUGCUCAGCUGGAGGCGGUUUGUAUGUCACACGAUCCAAAUACUGCAAACCUGUGGAGAGCAGAGAAUUCAUCCUUUUUUAAUCUGGAUUUUUACAGACUUGUCGACAUCAAAAUAACCUUCCAGUUGAAGGGAAUCAACCUCCAGACGGUGCGUUCGCGAGAGUUACCCGACUGCUACUCCUUCUUUGUUACGAUAACGUUCGAUAACCAGUGUCACAGUGGAAAGGUGAAACUAUUCCUGGACAUAGACGCUGAAAGCAGCGCGUGCCGAGACUGGAAGAUAUCGGGGACGGCUCAGAAGAACACACACUAUCUGCUGGUAUUUGAUGCCUUCGUCAUUCUGAUGUGCCUCACAUCAGCCGUGCUGUGCACUCGCUCCAUCAUACUGGCCGUCAGGUUACUGCAGAGGUUCUCCAGAUUCUUCCAUGAAAACUUUAAUCGGAAAGUGUGCGAGGACGACCAGAGGGAGUUUCUGAACGGCUGGUACUUGCUGGUCAUCGUCAGCGACCUCUUCGCCAUAAUUGGGUCGAUUCUGAAGAUGGAGAUACAAGCAAAGAACCUUACAAAUUAUGACGUGUGCAGUAUCUUCCUGGGGACGUCUACAUUACUGGUGUGGGUUGGAGUGAUCAGGUACCUGGGAUACUUCCAGAAAUACAAUGUGCUGAUCCUAACCAUGAAGGCAGCCUUUCCCAAGGUCCUGCGUUUCUGCUGCUGUGCUGGCAUGAUCUACCUCGGCUAUACUUUUUGUGGCUGGAUUGUACUGGGGCCGUACCACGAGAAGUUUGAGGGCCUGAGUCUUGUGGCAGAGUGCCUGUUCUCUCUGCUGAAUGGAGACGACAUGUUCACCACCUUCGCCCAGCUUAAGGACAAAAACACCUUGGUGUGGCUCUUCAGUCGGGCUUACCUGUACUCCUUCAUCUCCCUGUUCAUCUACAUGGUGCUGUCGCUCUUUAUCGCUCUUAUAACCGACGCCUAUGAGACCAUCAAGAGUUACCAGAAAAAUGGGUUCCCGCAGACCGACCUGCAGAAGUUUCUCCACGAGCCGACAGAGCUGCCUAACAUAGAGGAGAGCGAUCAGACAGACGUCAGCGUCAGACACUCUGUACUCUGCUACUGCCAGUGAGUUCCAGCAAAUGAUGAUGUCAUGCUUAUCAGCUGACGGCUGCCCCGCCUCUGGAUGAGACAGUUUAGGGAGGAAAAUGCUGGGAACAAUACUUCACAUGUCUGAGACAAACUUGUCAACGCUGAAACACUGAAAAAAUCCUGGAGAAUGUAGAUUUACACGUGUAACAUCCCGUGAGGUGCAAUAAGAAAGGCCAAAUGAGUUUCCUCCACUGAACGGGAGUCAGGAGCUCAAGAUGCGGAGCUGGAACUGGGACUAAGAAGAAGUGGUUGCUUGGAUUAAUUGUGUAUGUUUAUAAUACUGCUUAGAUGUUUAUUUGGCCAAGGAGUUUGGUCGAGUGCUGUUGGGGAAUGUACA